UUUCAGUUUGCUUGGAGAGCUUGAGGCUGCUUUCGGGCUUCACGUCAAACCUCCGCGUCCCGGUAAAAGCUUUCCGGAGCUCGGCGGAAUGGCGGUUCCUUUGCGGCGGACUCGGAUUAGCGCCCUGGCGCUGCUGUUGCUCUCGGCGCAGCUCGCGUUCCUGGGCGCGUUCCUGCCCCGCAGAGCGCUGGCGCAGAUCGGCGCGGCCGGCGGAGCCGCCCUCGGCGCCUGGGCAGCGCCGGCCUGUGCCAAGCGCCCGGAAGGCGUGAAUCGUCCCGAGCUGCUGCCAAAGAGCGACGGAGCCUCCACGCCGGUGAUCGAUGUGGCCAGGAUCCUCACCUCCAGCCAGAAGCGCGAGCUCGCAGAGGACAUUGCGGAGCUGGAGCGGGUGGCUCAGAUCCGGCUGCGGGUGCUCACACAGACAUUUCCCAACACGCCAGGCCUGGCCAUCCGGGACUACUGGAAGCCCGACGGCCGGACGGUCAUUUACGUCCAUGACACUGGCGGUCUCGGGGACUCUGUGGUCAACUUCAAUGCCGGCACAGAGGUUGAGAUGAUGAAGCCGCUGAGCUACUGGAGGCAGGUGCAAAACUCCUACGGCAACAAGUUCUACAUCCAGGAGCAUGGGGACUCCGACACGGUGCUGGACGUGGUGAGAGCCCUGAAGCAGGGCCUGCUGCCAGAAGUGAAGCAGUAGACCGCGGCAAACUGCUGCG